AUGUUCAUUUCACCACAGUCCGAGCUCCAACUCAAGCCAGUGUCAGUGCUCCAAGGGACGCUGCUGCUCAUUGUAGUUUAUCUGCUCUACAAUGUCGGUCGUGCGUAUUUUUUUUCUCCAGUCCGCCAUGUUCCUGGCCCUUUCUGGUCGAGAGUUACGCCGUUUCCGCUGUACGCCGCAACUUUUCGAACAAGACGAGCCGCGUAUGCACAUGCGCUUAUCCAGAAGUAUGGACCAAUUGUAGUCAUCGCUCCAGAUCAAGUACACACUACCGACGAUGUCGCCAUGAAGGCUAUUUACGAUCGGAGUUCGAUCAAAAGCUCUUUUUAUCACGGCAUGGGCUCCUACAAGGGUGUCAGACAGAUACUGGGUACCAUUGAUUACUCUAGUGCAUCAAUGGCGCGCCAAAAUCUUCUGCAGUGUUUUCAGAGUAAAAACUUGGCUAGCCUUGCAGAUGUGAUGGAAUCGCAUAUUGCAACCUUCUUACAACUGCUACAAGACAGGUCGACACAAACUGACCCCAUUAUCGAGGGUGUGCUUUGGUUCAGGCUCCUGACGCUAGACACCGUCACUGAUGUCUUGUGGGGCGAAGAGCACAACCUUCUCGCCGACAUGGACGAUGUCAAGUCGGACUUAUUACGCAAGUUUCAUCAUUUCAGUCAAUACAUGGCUCUAAAGGGAUUUAUCCCAUUCUUCGAAACUUGGACCAAAAUGAUCGGGACCAAGAAAUAUAGAAACAUGCGUAACGAUUGUUACGAUCUCGAUGCAUUUGCUCGGAAUGCCCUUCAGAAAUGGAACAAUAGGGAGACGAAAGGUCACGAAAAGGACGUCCUCUCUAUGCUGCUAGCAUUGAAUUCAAAGCAGAACGCUUCACAGUCGAUUGACCCAGAACAUAUUCCAGCGUAUAUAGUGGAGAUGAUGGCCGCAGGUUCUUCAACAACCUCAAACACCGCCGCCAUUGCUUGUUGGGUGCUCGCCCGCCAUCAAGAUGUGCAGAACGAACUGCGACAGGAGCUUCGUAAAGCAUUUCCCAAUCACAAUCAAAUUGAUAUGAAACAAUGUCUGAACCUCAAGUACCUCGACUGCGUUAUCUUUGAAGUCAUGCGGCUAUGGCCUAUAGUCCCAGGACCCCUUGAACGCCAUCUGGGACAGAGCAUUACCGUGAACGGCGUCACCGUUCCUCCGGGAACCAUUGCAUCCAGUGCUGCUUAUGAUCAGGGUCGACGGGAAGACAUUUUUCCCAAUGCUGAAGCUUUUCGGCCAGCACGCUGGUUAAAUGCAGAUGCUGCAAUGAAGAAAAACUGGAUCCCCUUCGGUCACGGAUCCCGCAGCUGCCCUGGUCAGAAUCUUGGCAUGACGGAGUUGAAAUACUUUCUGGCUGCCAUCUUCCGCCAGUUCAAAUCAGUGGUGCCCGAAGGUAGAGGAGAAGACAUACUCGAAAUGCGAGAUGUCUUCACCGCAAGCAUCUUGAUGAGAGAUGGGAUCACGGGCAAGUCGCAAAAUAAGUGCUGGUUACAAUUCACACCCGCAGCAGAGGAAGUGGUGUCAUGA